AUGGCCCUUGCGCGCGCUGCGACGGGGUCGGGUCCAUCGGGGGAGCGGGAGGACGCCGGCGAGAUGAGCUCCGCCUCCACCAGCAGCGGCAGGGAGGUGGUGCUCCAUGUGUACGAGAUCACCAAGACCGGCUACGAGAAGACCGACAAAACCAUCCGCAUGAUCAACCGCUUCUUCAAGGACGGCAUCGGCGUCGGCGGCAUCUUCCACAGCGCCGUCCAGGUCUAUGGAGAAGAAGAGUGGUCAUAUGGGUUUCGUUAUUGUGAUACUGGAGUGUUCUCCUGCCCAGUCGGCCAGAACUCCAUGUACACAUACCGUGAGAGCAUUGUUCUGGGAGUAACAACCUUCUCAAACUCGGAAGUAAAGCAGAUCUUGAUCCAGUUAAGCUGUGAAUGGCCUGGAUUCUCGUAUGAUUUCCUGUCAAGAAACUGCAAUCACUUCACUAAUGAAUUCUGCGAAAAGCUUGGCGCUCGUAAAAUUCCAGGUUGGGUUAAUCGUUUUGCAAAUGCUGGUUAUACAGCUAAUGUUGUUGCUGAGAAUACAGCUCUGCAGUUCAGGCAAGCUAAAUCAGAUAUCGUCAAUGCCAGCAAGGCAGCGUAUAAUAAACUUACAACAGGCUUGGGUCAAAAUAACCAAGAUAAAGCAGAAACCCCAACUACUAAUCAGAAACGAAGCACCCCUUGGUUCCAGGGCAAUUGGUUCAAGGCCAUGGUCUCAGCAGGCGCGAAGCCCUCUACAAGGACAACGAACUUUUCACGAGAGGCGGGCGAUGGUCCAAAAUGACAUAGAACUGUCAGAAUGGGUGUAUAGGAACCCACCAACCCUUAGAAUGUAAUUAACUGGGUGAAGCCUGUAGAUGAUAUUGAUAUGUUUACAAACACGGAUAAUAUGACUGAAUUUUGUUCAUAUACAGAAGAAGACAUGCACAUUUAGCAUUUCUUUCAAUUCAUCUAGAGUGACUACUACUACUACUCUCUGACGCUCACACUUUGAUAAAAAAGAGUUCGUGCUGGAAACUGUUGCUAGUAUGACAUGUUUCCCAGUAAGCCAGAUACAUCCCCAUCAGAAAGGGUUCCUGACCAGGAUGUGGCUGCCGUGGAUGGCUUUCAGAAGCACCGAUGCGACGGACUGCACCGCAGCCGACGCUAUCCUCGCCUUGAUCUGCCCGCGCCUUGGCAUGUGCCUUGCGCUUCCUCCACCGCUUCUCCAUGGAGCCGCGGAGGAGGCCGCGGCGGCUGCUGCUGCAUGGCUGGUCAUCUUCCUUGUGUCAGUGACUAGGUGGAGGAGAAGGCAAAGACUCAGCUCCGCAGCUGCGCUUUUGGGUUUGUGAUGAUCUCCCUAGCUUUGUUGUGUGCUUGUUCUUGGCGUUGCAGAAGCACGCUGACCAGUGGCCCUUUUAUAGCGGUGUCAUUGCAGAGUGUUGAUAGUGGUGUUAGUUGCUC